AAUGCGAGAUUCCCCAUGCGUUGCGAGUCCCUGGUUACGAUGUUGCUGCUGUUGAACAUCCUGCUGACGAGUACCGCGAAUCCGGCCCAGCGGAACGAUCCGCGCUUCAAGCCCGCCUCCAUUCCCUGUAAGACGAACAUAAAAGCCAGCCAGGUGGCCUGCAAGGCGGCCAAGGAUGCGAAGGACGCCAAGGAUGCCCAGCCGGGUGCCGCGGAGGUGGCAGGUCAGAGGGCUCGAGCCAUGCUGGCGGACAGAGCGUUGCAGGCGGCUAAGGCUGCGGAGGCGGCACUUAAUGGAAAAAAGCAACUUCUGGAUGAACUCACCAAAAGUCUGGCCGAAACGAAGGGGGUAAUCGAGGAAAUCCAACGUGCAAUUGCUGCCAGCUCGUGCUCGUCAAAUACGACAAAGGGGAUCCGCAACCAGCUGCGCAAAUCCUUGGCCUUUAUGCAAAGUCUGUUACAGGAAAUGAGCGGAAAUCUCGAUAACAUCCGGCGGGUGGCCCUCAGUGCUCAGAAAGAGGCGGCGGAAAAGCGCAGCCUUCUCGAAGCGGCUAAGAGGCGGGUAGAAGAGCUCCAUAACUGCAUGUCCCAGGCUCAAAUAGAUCUGGAGCGAAAUCGGGAGAGCGCUAAGAAGGCCAGCGAAGCCGCCAGAGAGGCACAACAACGGAUCGAAACUGUCCAGAAACUAGUCACCAGGAUUAAGAUGCUGAAGCGAAAGGAUCUUCAGUCACUGGAGAGCUUCCUGCGCAGAAGAAGGAGAAGCAACACGGCAAAAAGUAGUUGAUUUGGUUAUUUUGUUAUGGCAAUA